GUUCACAACGACUGUGACAUGACAGUAGCACACAAGUAUUUUUUCGUUUGUUAUUAUUAGUUUUAUUUUGCCCUGAAAUGGUAAUUUAAUUUGUUAAGAAAUUUAUAAUAUAAUUUUAAAAUGAUUAAUCGAAUACCGAAAUAUGCAACAAAUACGUUGAUCAAGUUGUGCAAGGAACAAAAUAUAUAUUGCCUAAGAACAUGCACAAGGAACUUUAAUUCCCCGGCAGUAAUAAAAUUGUCAACAAUUUGUAAAGCGACAAAUCCUUCAAAUUAUGCUAGGGAAUAUGAAAAUAUAAGGUAUUUUAAUAGUUUGGAAACAACUAAAAGGAUACUACCUUUAGUCCAAAAUCGGGGUUUUUGUAAUAAAAAGGAAAGUAACUCAAAUACCUUUAGCAAUGUACAAGGAACCGCUGGAAAUAAAAAUACAUUAGGGUCUCAAGAACAACAACAAGAAAUUAAAAUCGAUUUAGAAGAUGAAUUUCCAAAAAAAAUAUCAAUAUUUGCCAAAUUUAAAUUAAUGUAUAAAAAAUAUUGGUAUGUUUUGAUACCGGUUCAUCUAGUAACAUCUGCUGGCUGGUUUUUUAGUUUUUAUUUAUUAUCGAAAAGCGGUGUAGAUAUACCUACUUUCUUGGAAUACUUAAGAGUAAGCGAUUCAAUGAUUGAUAAAGUUAGAGAAUCAGACAUGGGUCAUUAUGCAAUUGCUUAUCUGUGUUAUAAAUUAGCAACCCCUCUUAGAUAUGCUGUUACAUUAGGUGGUACAACGGUAUCUAUUAGAUAUUUGGUGCGAUUAGGCUAUAUUAAACCAGUGCCAACCAAACAACAAGUUAUGGAUAAAUUUAAAAAAGCAAAGGAUGAUAUAAAACAGGACUUAAAGCAAAGACGUGACACAAUGGUAAAAAAGGCAACAAGUUCUACUGCUAGUAAAAAGUCUGACACCGAAUUUGAAAAAUAAUUUACC